GCGCGCACCUCAAACAGAUCAGCUGUGCUACUGUAGCUGCUGUGAGUGGGUCUCAGCAAGGACUGCUCAAGCCUUCCUGUCAAAACGAAUAUUAGCUCUGUGGCUGGUGUUGGCGUGGACCUACCCACGCCCCCCUCAUUCCCCCCUCCCCACCCUCCCCCAUUCCUUCCACACACACACACACGACAACUUGAUUACUGCACUCUAAUCAAAUCACACCCAUACAUAUUCUGGAGGAACCAGGGAGAAGAAAGGGAAAAAGAAGAGUGCUGCUAGCUGCUGGGAUCUGUCUUCGACACUACUGCAGUGAUCCUGGCUUCCUCCCGCGGCAGGCACUGAUGCUGCUGUGAAGGAUAGGGAGGCACUCUUAACAGUGUGUGUACACAAAACAGCCCGUCAUGACAAGAAGCUGACUGCUGAAGCACGCAGGGAUAAAUUGGUCACUGAUGGUUAUACACACUGUUCAGGUUUGAAGUAACAGAAGCAAAGAACUGUGCAUUUCUUCUGUACACUUAACACGAAACCCAACAAAGAGACAGAGAUAAGUAAGUGGGAACUGUGAUCACCUAAAUAUAUCUAUCAUCUCUAAAAAGGAUGGAUACUAAAUAAUGAUGUCGGGGUGGAACAGAAAUUUAAAGACACAAACUGCAUUUCAGAAAAGGGAAAAGUAUUCCAUCAACAGGAAUGAGCCAUCUUUCUUGUAUAAAGGAGGGGAAUGCCAUGACAUCUGCUGAAUUGAGGACCUAUCAGUGGAUGCUGCACUUCUUCGCUCACCCCUGCUGGGAUUGACUGAAUUGGUACUUACCUGUUUGAUCAUCUGGCACAGCUUUUACUUUUGUGUGAAGUACACAGCACACCUGACAAAAGCCUACUGCAGCAAUCACUGUUGCUUUCGAGAAGUACAGGCAACUGCAACGGAAGGAACAUGGGAUGUCGUCAAAGCUCUGAAGAGAAGGAGGCAGCUCGGCGCUCAAGGCGGAUUGAUCGGCACCUGCGCUCAGAAAGUCAGCGCCAGCGUCGCGAGAUCAAACUCCUGCUGCUGGGGACCAGCAACUCUGGCAAGAGCACCAUUGUGAAACAGAUGAAAAUUAUCCACAGUGGCGGGUUCAACUUGGAGGCAUGCAAGGAAUACAAGCCCCUCAUUAUCUACAAUGCUAUCGACUCUCUCACACGUAUCAUCCGCGCACUAGCUACCCUCAAAAUAGAAUUCCACAAUCCUGACAGAGCCUAUGAUGCUGUUCAGCUCUUUGCCCUGACUGGACCUGCUGAAAGCAAAGGGGAGAUCACACCAGAACUGUUAGGGGUAAUGAAGCGCCUAUGGGGUGACCCAGGUGUCCAGGAGUGCUUUUGCCGGUCCAACGAGUACCACUUGGAAGACAAUGCAGCCUACUACCUGAAUGACCUUGACAGAAUUGCAGCAUCCGACUACAUCCCAACAGUAGAGGACAUUCUGCGGUCAAGAGAUAUGACCACUGGCAUAGUGGAAAACAAGUUUACUUUUAAGGAGCUGACAUUUAAAAUGGUGGAUGUAGGAGGACAGCGGUCUGAACGGAAGAAAUGGAUUCACUGUUUUGAAGGGGUUACAGCAAUAAUUUUCUGCGUGGAGCUGAGUGGAUAUGACCUGAAACUAUAUGAAGAUAAUCAGACAAGUCGAAUGGCUGAAAGCUUGCGUCUCUUUGAUUCUAUCUGCAACAACAACUGGUUUAUCAACACCUCACUCAUCCUAUUUCUGAACAAGAAAGAUCUCCUUGCAGAAAAGAUCAAACGAAUUCCAUUGACGGUAUGUUUCCCAGAGUACAAGGGUCAGAACACAUAUGAAGAGGCUGCUGUCUAUAUUCAGCGGCAAUUCGAGGACCUGAACCGCAACAAGGAAACAAAGGAAAUCUACUCCCACUUUACGUGUGCCACAGACACCAGUAACAUCCAGUUUGUUUUUGAUGCAGUUACUGAUGUGAUAAUACAAAAUAACUUGAAAUAUAUUGGGCUCUGCUAGAGAAUAUUCCAAUUACAACUGAACAAAAUCCACACACGGAUUCGGGAGAUUAAGAAUAAACUACAUGGAAGAAAUGCUGGAUUUGGCAGAAAAAUAGAGUGAGGAAAAUUACCACAAUAACGAUAACUGGAUGACGGCCAAACUACUGCACUGAAUAGCUUUACUAAUUCACUAAUAUUCGAGUGAUUCACAAUCCAGCAUCGUGAGUUCCAGUAUGGAAUCAUGAGAAACACUGUGAUCUCUGAUGUAACAUGUCCUUUUUAUCUGACACGACUGAACUAUAGAUUAUUUGCAGUGAAUUAGUGAGCUCUCUGCCAAUCCUGACAUCAAACUUGCAAUCUGCAAAACCAAAAUCUGAAUUUGCUGUAUGCCAUAUCAAAAAUAAGACAAACACAAGGCAACUGUUAUUUUCCUCUCCUUCAGCUAAAAAAGGAGCCACUUAUUCUUUGGUUCCUUGUAAAUAAGAAACAAUAUUGAUGAAAGAUUUUUUUAAAUGAACAUUUAAUUUCCCAGAUAUAAAUGAUAUGUGUAUCGUUUCGUCCUCCACUUUUGUUCUGAAUUCUACAUCCUUGUUCAAACAAUUGAUAUCAUCAUCAUAUCAUACUGGCCUCACUGCAAUGGAAAUGUCUGACUAAUCCAAUUCCACAAAUUUAGUAUAGAAAUUCAACAGGGAAGAGCAAAAAGAACAACAUCAAAACUAUUGAAAUUGUUAUGCUCUGCAGACUUUUUCUUAUUUUGGCUAGAAAAUGGAAACUAUAAAGAACCAGUGGAGGCAGUUUUGAUGGUAUAUAAACUGUUCUGACAUUACUAUGAAAUAUCCCAACUUGUUCAAUUGAUAAAGACAGUUUUUGAUGGCCAAAAGAUACACUGGUAACUAAGACCAAAAUGCGAUUUUACUUUCAUUUUUCGUGCAACAUUCACAUGACAGGAGUAUGUAAAUACAUUAAAAAUAUAAAGCACAUUCUGAAAUGAAGAUGAUUAACUCAUAAACAAAGGCUAGUAUGUGAAUCUGCAGUUAAGGGCUUUGAGACACAUUUUAAAAGCUGUUCACUUGAAGAAAUGAAAUAAAAUGAAUGAUAUUAGUUGUA